CGGCUGAUCAUUGGUAGACCGUGCCAUCGAGAACAAAAGAAGAAGUAGCGUAAGAUCACCUUGAGGUUAGGGUACAAGUUCCUUCCAUCUCACCCAAGAACAACAGGUUAAGAAAUCAGCCUCUUUCCCGGAUUUUUUGCUGAUUCCUAGGGGAAAUGGCCUUGAGGAGGAUCGUCAAGGAGCUCAAGGACCUGCAGAGGGACCCCCCGACCUCCUGUAGCGCAGGGCCGGUGUCGUCGAACGACAUGUUCCACUGGCAGGCGACGAUCAUGGGGCCGAGCGACAGCCCCUACUCGGGCGGCGUGUUCCUGGUGACCAUCCACUUCCCGCCGGACUACCCGUUCAAGCCACCCAAGGUGGCCUUCAAGACCAAGGUUUUCCACCCCAACAUCAACAGCAACGGCAACAUCUGCCUCGACAUCCUCAAGGACCAGUGGAGCCCCGCCCUCACCAUCUCCAAGGUUCUGCUGUCGAUAUGCUCGCUGCUGACGGACCCGAACCCGGACGACCCGCUGGUGCCGGAGAUCGCGCACAUGUGCAAGGCCGACCGGACCAGGUACGAGUCCACGGCCAGGGGCUGGACGCACAAGUACGCCAUGGGGUAGAUAUAACUAAAUAAGAGCUGCAGCUCGAUCGAGCUCAAAGAUGUGGAAAGUGCUUAUGAUGUGCGGACGAAUAAUAAUCUAUGAAACUUUGCUUCGAAUCA